GCUGACGCGGCAUUCGCGUUUCAGCCACCCUGAGCACAUACGUGUCAGUCCGAGUAGUGGAAACGAGUAAACCAUGGCACCGAAAGGCGGCAAUAAGCAACAGUCUGAAGAAGAUCUCCUUCUCCAAGAUUUCAGCAGAAACCUGUCCGCCAAGUCCACUGCGCUUUUCUACGGCAAUGCCCUCAUCGUCUCCGCAAUUCCCAUAUGGCUGUUCUGGAGGAUUUGGCACAUGGACUUGGUUCAAUCGGCGGUUCUGUACGCUGUCAUGACCCUGGUCAGCACCUACCUGGUGGCUUUUGCUUACAAAAACGUCAAGUUCGUUCUGAAGCACAAAGUUGCUCAGAAACGUGAAGAUGCUGUUUCCAAGGAAGUGACUCGCAAACUCUCUGAGGCUGACAACCGCAAGAUGUCCCGCAAAGAAAAAGAUGAGAGGAUCUUGUGGAAGAAGAAUGAGGUGGCAGAUUACGAGGCAACGACAUUCUCCAUCUUCUACAACAACACGCUCUUCCUCGUGCUUGUUAUCAUCGCUUCUUUCUUCCUGCUGAAGAACUUCAACCCCACAGUGAACUACAUUCUGUCCAUCAUUGCCUCCUCUGGUCUCAUCGCCCUGUUGUCCACUGGCUCAAAGUGAGAGGAAGAAGGGAGACGUACAAGAGAGACUGGGGGUGGGGCCAGAAACUGGGGGUUGGGGCCUGUGAUUGUUGGGGGUGGAGUGUUAUGGGAUGAGGAAGAGGGACAGAGAGCUGGGCAAGAGGAGACCUUAUCAUUUCAUUUGUGGACUUUCUUGAAAUUCAGGCCAAUCACAAACCCUGGGUGCCGUGUCUGUCUGCUGCCCUGUUUUAAAAAAACAAACAAAACAAACAAACAAAAAAAAACCAAUAAAAGACUGUUCAUCCAG